AUGGAUGAACUUUGGAACAGUCCAAAAACUUUGGAUGAUUUUGCCAAUGACAGGAAAUAUGGAAUUAGAGAUACUCUGGUAAAGGAAAAUCUAAAUGGAUUCUUGUUUCAUCUAAGUGAUUGCAAGAGGGGUGGAGUACUAUCAGCUUUUGAUGAAACUUAUCGUAAUGAAAAUGUAUACAGAGAUACCGAAAUUCCAUGUAUCAAUGCUUUGAAAAUGUACGAGACAGAUCCAAAUUUAUAUGCUGAUGACAAUGCUUCAGAAUAUGAACUGCCUGAGCUGAUAGUAUGCUACAAAGAAAUUAACUGUCAUGUUAAGGACAUAUGUAUUGAUGAAAUUAGGUAUACAGAGGAUAAAAUGAUGAUAGAAAGCUGCAAAUCUGCCUCAGAAAUUUCUUUUGGCAAAGAUACAUCAAAGGAAUGUCGUCCCAGUGAUUUGACACAGACAGGCGAAGGCGAAGCAAAUUGCGGUGCAACUGGCCAGGUCGAGACUGAUGUUUCAGAAGAAGGAUGUUUCGUAAAUAGAACACUUCCUGUGCAAGAUUUUGGUACAUGGCGUUGCCUCAGGUCUUUUCUCCAUGACGUUCCAACACUGCCUGAUCAGAUUCCUUCUGGAAAUGCAAUUUCAAAUAGCCCUGCUGCAAUAAUAGUAGAAACAGAACCAAAUAAAGGAAUUCAGUGCAUGAACAGCAAAGAAAGCUUAGAAACGAGUAUUGAAAAUGUCAGUGCACAAUCCUUUAACCACAAGGAUAUCAAUCAUGAGGACUUGUCUCCCAAUGGCCAUGUUCAAUACGCUAGCAGUGAAGACAGAAGUAUUAAAAAUGCAAAUGAGCAAGCCCUCGAGGCACAAAAUGUUCAUAAUCAUGAGCAUGGAAACUCUGUUAGCUUUCCCUUCAUUUCCCAAGUUCAAUGUGAUGUGGGAGAGUCGAGCUUUUCUGCAGCAGAUGUUACUACUUAUUCAGGGCCAAUAGCUCAUUCCAGGAGCCUCUCUGUACAAUCUGAUAGCAGCACAACCAGCACACAAUCUUUCACCUUCCCAGUAUUGCAAUCUGAAUGGAAGAGCAGUCCAAUUCUAAAGGCUUUUAAUUUAUUUAUAGGUUUCUUUAAAGGUUGA